GAGCUCAGUUGCCAGUUUCAAAAUGGUGGCAAUGUUUUCGUCAGGAAUUGGAAGCGCGACAACAAGCUCAAACAUUUUGUUUACCUACGGUUUGUGCGCAGAGUGAAACGAAAUUUUGCCGAGCAACUCUGAUUUGAACAGCGCGGACCAUCUGCCGGUCUAGUGACGCUGCAGACAGAGCCUAGUGCCCACCGCUCCUAACGUACGAUGUUCGAGUAGCGCUGGGGCCUCGCAGCCCCGCGAUUGCGCUUAGGCUUAGCAGACGCUAAGUGGUCCGUGCACAGCUCACUUUAAAAUAUCGUCGUAGCAGCCCACGAACGAGACGACAACGAAGAAGCGAAAAGUUUCUGGUACAAAGUGUCACCCACCGGCCGUCGCGCCCUCGUUGAGACUGCUGUGCUUGUAACAGUGGCGCACUUCCCGCUUCAGAGGUGCGACUUGCUCAGAACAUUGCUUCGCACCGUGAAUCUGCAGAGUGUUGUGAUGCCUUGAUACCUUUCCUCUCCGCAACUACGAGAACUGAAGAUCAGUAGAGUACAGCAAGCAUCAUGUCGAUAAAUGAGUCGAACCUUGUGAAGAAGUUGACCUCUGUCACCAAUACGCAGGACAGUGUGCAGACGCUUUCGCUAUGGAUCAUCCAUCACCGAGCGCAUCACAGAAAGAUUGUGGACAUCUGGACGAAAGUUCUGAAGAAAUCUAAACCUGUUCAUCGGCUGACCAUGCUGUACUUGGCCAACGACGUGCUUCAAAAUGGCAAGCGGAAAGGAGUCCAGCAGUUUGUUGAAUCUUUUGGCGAUGUCCUUCCCGAGCAGACCCCCCUGUUUCGGGACGAACGCAUUGCCAAGCAGGUGGACAGGGUGUUCAGCAUUUGGGCUGAGCGCUCUGUUUUUUCUUCAGACUUCAUAAAAGGCCUCAAGGAAAUGUUACAUGAAUCAAAGCACUCAGGCUCCCACCACCGCUCUGGAUCAAAACAUGAGUUAUCUAGUGAUGAUGGUACCAAAUUGCCUAAGGAGCCCGAAAAAAAAGAAAGUGGCAAGCCCAAAAAUCCUGAGGUGGAAAAGAUCAUUCUGGAGUUCAAGCCAGAAAAAGCCAUUGAGAAGAUCAAGAAAAUAAAAAAGAUUGAGAUUGAGACAUCUACUAAGUUGACAAACCUGACCAGUCGCAAUAUGGAUGUGUCAAGCUCAGAAGUUCUGAGGAAGUUUAAAGUGGGGCACCUGUCUUUGCUGCGGGCAGAUCGCAGUCACGGACAGCAGUUCCAGAAAGACUUUGAUGAAGCAACUCGGUGCCUCGAAGAGUACAUCAAAGCAUUAGAGAAGGAGGUGUCAGAGCGUACUGAGCUGAUUAGCAUGCUGGAAGAUGCCAAGGUGUACUAUGACAGCCAGAAUGGAGAAGCGCGAAUUGUGGCCUCGGCAUACAAGAACUUUGGCAACCGAGUGAAAGGACUGAAGAAGAAGCUAGAGACAAAAACAAAGACGCUGCCAAGCCCAGUACCAUCACCUACUCCAGAUGCACCUUCUCCAACCAACUCGGAUGAUGGCUUGCAGUUACCAGCAAUACAGGAGACAGGUUCAGAACCUGCUACAGAGGAGGCUCCAUUGACAGACAAUGGCGCUGUGAUUGAUUCACCUUGCUCGGCACCAUCGCCCGGCUCAGCACCAUCACCUGAGGGCUCCCCUGUGGGACUGAGCCCAGUCGUCCCAGAAACUGGGGACUCUGGCACGACCAGCAAUGCAACUGGCAAUGCUGCCGCACUCAGCAGCUUCAUGUCCCAAAGUCCAACAGUACUCUCAUCGUGGCUAGAUGCUUUCAACCAAGAAUUCCAGGAGAACAGGGCUGCACCUACAGUAGUGAAUACGUCGGCCCUUGCUGCUGCUAUUCCAGCACAAAGCACACUUGAGAGCCGACUCUCAAAUCUGAUGCAAAGCAUGGGUCACAUACCUGGUGGGCUGUUCUCGUCUACAAGCUCUGCUAGCAACACACCCAAACAGGCUGACUCGCCUCCUUACUCUUCAGCAGUCUUUCGAACUGCUUCUGCAGUGUCCGAGGUCCACAGUGGCAACACACCCCUGAAGGACGAGAACAGUGGACAGGGGACACCCGUGCUUGAUGAGAAUUCUGCAAGGAAGGCCGCAACGCUUAUGGACUCUGACAUGCGGGUUCAUGCGAUUAAACCCAGCACACCACAAGAUUCUCCAGAUGCAAGGAUAAGCUCUGCUUUUGGGUCCAGGAUACCGAGUCUUGCAAGCCCAAAUGCCUGGAUGCAGGUGUCACCGAAAGCAGGCGGCAGCAACGCAACAGCAUCACAGAGCACACCUGCACUAGCACCUCCACCGAUCCCACCUGCCCUGCAGGCCUACCUGGAGCCAAUCAAAACUGUGACUGGGGCAGCUCACAGAAGUGUUGCAGCUCCAAAGGGAAGGUCGGAGACGCCACCAUCACCGUCUGCAGACUACCUGAUUCCAGUCGCCGAGAACUUUGAUGUGACAGACAUGGAGCUUGAUGAUGAUGGCUCUGGUGACGAUGAGCGUGCAGAAGGCCUGCACCGCAAGAAACUGAGCAAUCUCAUCACGCUAGUCCAACCACAGGUGAGCCCUGCUGCCGAAACUACUUCACCUGGCCCCACACUCAGUGAGAGGAAUGAAGAUGCUAGACCACAACUGGAUACGCCUGCCCAGCCUGCAGUUAUGACAUCGUCCACAUCAAAACUUACUCCCUCAUUGGCUAGUCAAGGAGACACAAGGCACAUGCGCAAUCCUUCUCCCGAUCUCAUAAAGCAAGACCUUGUCCUGGAUUUUCCUGCGCAAGAGACACCAUCAGAGCCUCACCGCCGCGAAUCAACUGACUUUGCCACAAGGGAGUCAUCCGAGUUUAGUCUUCUUGACUCAGUUGAUUUUGAUGCUCGUAAAUCUACAGAGUUUCGCCUCAAUGAGUCCUCUGAUUACACGACAAGAGAACGCUCUGAAUUUCGAGUGCGUGAGUCGUCAUCAUCGUCAGAAUUUCGAGUGCGAGAGUCACCAUCAUCAGAGUACAGGAUAAAUGAACCACCAUCGUCAGAAUUUCGCAUCCGGGACUCGUCUUCCGAGUUCCGAAUUCAGGAUUCUCCAUCUUCAUCAGAAUUUCAAGUGCAUGACUCCUUUUCCUCAGACUUCCAUGCAACACCUGCCAAGAUUGAGACUGUCCAAAUGCGCUCUUCACUGGACCGGUCGCCACCCGCGGGGCCCAUGGAAGAGAGGGGCAUGUGGGAGCGGGGUGAUUACUACUCUCCGAGGACGGCGCAUCAUCAGCCACAGCAGCAGCAGCAGCAAGCCAUGAGCAAUGGUGGCAACCGCAUGCGUGGCAGAGGCAGUGGUUACUAUGGCUAUGAAAUGCGUGGCAGACCGGUGGACCGUUUUCAUGAAGGCUACGGUGCCUAUGAGUCUGAGUGGCAUGGUGGCAGGCCCCCUAGCCCACGAUAUCGGCACUACGGUGGGCAGGCACGUGGUGCACCCUAUUUCCAGCCAAGGUACUGAGCAAGACAUGGCGUGUGACGCUGUGAACACUGUCGUUGUGUUUCUUUGGUUUGGUGUACAUAGCACAUAGAAAGUAAGCAGGUCAGUCUUGCAAUCGUCGAGCCUGCGGCAUCAUUGCCUAGUUCCUCAAGUUUCACUGAGGGAUGCGUCUGGAGCAAGCUGCAGAGACCGUAUGCGGCACAUAGCUGUUUCAUAGAGAAAGGGAAGGACUUUGACGUGGGCACAUGUUUGACACUCAAAGUGCUCCACGCCCACAUCGAAGUUUGCAGCAUGUAAAUGAAGAUUGUCACGAGCUGAUUUGUCAGGCACUGGGGUGUGUUUUUUUCAUCAGCACACCUAUGCCUAUUUCACAGCACAAUGUGUGGGUUAUAAAAGAUGCAUUCAUUUUCAGCAACACACUGUUGAGACAAGACGUAGCUUUUGGCUCACCAUCUGCUGCCACAUUCAUCACCACCGUCAUGUCAUACUUGUGCAAUGCAGUUGCAUACAGAGUACAAUUUGAAGUUCUGAAAGGUAACCGAGGCAUGCACUUUGUGUCCGGACGAGAAUACAGUUUUCUUUCCAGUUUC